AUGUACAAAGAAUAUGUUUUCAAAAUACUCGAUGGUUGUAAUUUCUAUCCAGAGAGUGGUAUCCCUAUUCUCAUUGGAAGGUCACUUGUGACAAUUGAUAACCAAAAGAAGUUGAAGAUGCAUAAUCUGAUUCGAGAUAUGGGAAGAGGAAUUGUUUGCAAAGAAUCGCGCAAUUAUCUAGGAAAACGCAGCAGGUUGUGGUUUUAUGAGGAUGUGUUAAAUGUACUACGCAAUCAUACGGGUUCAAAGACAGUGCAGGGUCUCAUCUUAAAUCUUCCUGUACUUGAAGAUGUAGAUUGCAAAACUGAAGCAUUUAAAGAAAUGAAGAAUUUGAGGUUACUCCAAAUCAAUAAUGUACAUCUUACAGGAUCCUAUGAACAUCUCCCCAAAGAGCUGAAAUGGCUUUGUUGGGAUAAAUGCCCUAUAGAAUUUCUACCACACGAUUUUCAUCUAGAGAACCUUGUUAGUCUUGAAAUGCAGCACAGUAAAGUUGAACGAGUUUGGGAGAAGAAAGAAAUAUUCAAAAAGUUGAAGGUCCUUAAUCUUGGCAAUUCCAAAUAUCUCACAAAAUCACCAGAUUUCUCACAAGUCCCACAACUGGAGAUACUAGAACUUGGAGGUUGCACAAGCUUGGUUGAGGUUCAUGAGUCCAUUGGACAUCUCAAAAGACUUGUUGUUUUGAUUUUAAAGAAUUGCACAAAGUUGAAGUACCUUCCAAGAAGCAUUUUUAACUUAGAAUCUCUUAAAGCUCUAGACUUGUCUGGUUGCUCGGCAUUUGAAAAAUUACCGGAACAACUACAAUCCUCCCCUGGUCUUUCCAUGAUCAAUCUCAAAAUUGUAUCAUUUGUUGGAUGUAGUAGCCUCAUCGAAUUACCAAACUUCUCACAUAUCCCACAUUUGGAGAGACUGAAACUUGAAGGUUGCACAAGCUUGGUUGAAGUUCAUGAGUCCAUUGGACAUCUCAAAAGACUUGUUUAUUUGAAUUUAAAGAAUUGCACAAAGUUGAAGUACCUUCCAAGAAGUAUUUUUAACUUAGAAUCUCUUGAAAUUCUAGAAUUGUCUGGUUGCUUGGCAUUUGAAAAAUUACCGGAACAACUACAAUCCUCCCCUGGCCUUUCCAUGAUCAAUCUCAAAAUUGUAUCAUUUGUUGGUUGUAGUAGUCUCAUCGAAUUACCAAACUUCUCACAUAUCCCACAUUUGGAGAGACUGAAUCUUGAAGGUUGCACAAGCUUGGUUGAAGUUCAUGAGUCCAUUGGACAUCUCAAAAGACUUGUUAAAUUGAAUUUACAAAGUUGUGAGAAGCUUAGGAAUCUUCCAAAUAGUAUUUCAAACUUAGAAUCUCUUCAAAUUCUCUACUUGAGCAAGUGCAUUAAUAUUGAAUAUUUACCGGAGCAAUUAGGGAAUUUGACUGCUUUAGAAUAUCUGGACGUGAGCUUCACUGCUAUUAAGCAAGUACCAUCCUCCUUUAGGCUUUUGAGGAAUCUCAAAGAUGAACAAUGGGGGUAUAUGAUGGCUUUAAGAGAAUUGGUUGCAGACGGAACUGCUAUUAGGCAAAUCCCAUUGUCCUUGCGUAGACUCGGUGUCGGCAAUUUAUUUGAAGACGAGAUCCCCAUUGAAUUUGAAUGUUCAUCUUUGCUCCAAAUAUUGAAUUUAUCAGGAAACAAUUUCCGUAACCUAUCUAGUUGCAUCAGCCGCCUUCCUAACUUAAUGGUUUUGACUUUGCAUGAGUGUACUACUCUUCAAUCAAUUUCAAUUCCAGCAAGUGUAAGGCAUUUGGAAGCAAAGGGCUGCACAUCAUUGGAAAGAAUCUCAGUUCUGACGAAUGAGAGUUCAGGAUCUUCUGGCCUUGAUUUUGACGAAGCCUAUGUCAGAGGAAAGUACUUCGAAUGUAUUGUACUUAAUAACUGCCACAAACUGGUUGAGAUUCAAAAUUUGGAGAGUUUUCAAGGUAUGCCAAAUUCUAUUCGGAUGGGAAGCUGCAACAAUAUAUCAUCUGAUUUUAGGGAGAGUGUUCUCCUGUAUUUUCUCAAGACGGUGGGAUUCCAAAUUGGUCUUUAUCCUUUCGUUGUCCUCCCCGGAAGUGAGAUUCCAAAUUGGUUUAGCCAUCAGACAAUCGGUUCUUCAAUAUCCUUUCGUGGACGUCCGUUAUUGGAAGGUAAAAUCCGCCACGUGCUUUUAUGCGUUGUUUAUGCAGUAAACAAGGAAGCACCUGGAGACAUAUUAGCUCGAGGGGGUCGGUUGGAAUGGAAAUGGAGACUUUGUAAUAAAAGUUCGAGAGACCAGUCCAACAACUGGAAUGUGGUGCCAUUUGUUAGGGUUUUACCAGAUUUUUAUAACUAUGAAGAUCAUAUACAUGCAAUAAAGAUAGCCAACUAUAUGCCUAUGGCCAACUAUAGGCCUAAGGGGAUAGAAAGAUUUCAGACGGAAAGUGGAGAUGAAAUAGAGGUCGCCGUCCAUCUACAAAUGUGGGGCCAAGGAUCUAUAUAUAACUCAAAAAAGUGUGAAAUUGAUUCGCGAAUUGUGGAAGUGAAGAGGUUUGGAAUCCAUCUGUGUGAUCUAUGA